GAACGAACGAUGGAGGUGCCGCCCCGUCCCCGCACGUCGGAGGAGAACAAGAGCAGAGCAUGGCACUGGCGACGCAGCCGCUGCGUCUCCGCGCCGGAACGGCGGCCCCCGCGGCGUGCUGGCCUCCGUGCCCCACCAUCCGGGUGCAAGUUGGCGGGAGGAGGAGGACGCGGUCUGUGGCGGCAGCGGCGGCGGAGGGGAGUGCGGCCGUGAAGGGUGCGGCGGCGGCGGUGGUGCGGGAGUUCUACUCGGGCGUGAACCGGCGCGACCUGGCGGCGGUGGCGCCGCUGAUCGCGGAGGGGUGCGUGUACGAGGACCUGGUGUUCCCGCGGCCCAUGGUGGGGCGGGACCGGGUGGUGGGCUUCUUCGGGGAGUUCAUGGGCUCCGUCAGCCCCGACCUCCGCUUCGUCAUCGACGACAUCUCCGGCGACGACCCCUCCGCCGUCGGCGUCACCUGGCACCUCGAGUGGAAGGGGCGGCCGUUCCCGUUCAGCAGGGGCUGCAGCUUCUACCGCUGCCAGCCCGACCCGCAGCGGCCGGAGCAGAUCCAGAUCGUGUAUGGCCGGGACUGUGUGGAGCCGGCGACCAAGCCCGGCGAGCUGGCGCUGGUGGCCAUCAGGGGCGUCACCUGGCUACUGGAGCGAUUCCCGAGCCUCGCCGACAGGCUCUGAGACGAUCAAUCCUCACGGCACCCAAGCCUGGAGAUGACCGAAACAGAUUGUAACUCUCUCAUCUUGACUUUAUUCUUCAGUUUUUCACUGUAAAAGUAACGUGCAGUGCACUGUCGGUGUUGUAAGUACAAAGUGUAGGCAGAUCAUAAAGCAACUUCCUUUCCCUUUC